AUGGACAUUGCGAUACCUCCGGCCAAUUACUUAAGUGGUAUAUAUCCCCCAAGGGGCCAGGUAGAUAAGAUUUCUCUUAGUACUGCAUGCACCCCCUCGGAAAGAGAUCGGGGGCUAGCAAGAGUAUUGGAUUCCGUCGGCCAUAGGGUCCAAGCAUCUUGCGAGCUGAAUGUUAUCUCGACUGACGAUGGAGUAGAAGAAGCGAAGACAGCGACUAAAAAUGACACUCUCCUUGCCCAGGCACCCUCAUAUAUCCGCGCUAUCCUGGAUCCAGCGGAUACAACCUUUCCUCGGCUGGAAUGUCCCUUCUCGAAUGUGGGCCGCUACACUUACCUUAACGCCUCCUCCAACUCGGAUACCACCAGACUACCAAAGUACUUCUUCGCCCUCGACCUGCACCAAUGUGUGCAGCUACUCCCUCGCUUAAUUGGUUCUAUAGUGGAAGCAAUAAGAUUUCUUGGGCCAGAGAAUUGCGUGCUCUCGAUCGUCGAAGGACGAUCCGACGAUGGUACAUUCGAAGUCCUCAAGGAACUUCGUGGAGACAUCGAAGACCGGAUUGAAGCUCUUGCUCUGCUUCGGAACUUAGCUGUGAAGGACCUUGUCGAUAACCCGGCAAAUUAUUCCCAAGAUACAACAGUUAUUUUUUCGAACGAUAUUGCUAUGUGCAUGGAAGACAUUCUAGAGAUUGUCCACCAGCGGGCAAUUCAAGGCGCCGACAUGACCUGCGCUAUGGAUUGGACAUAUGUUAGUGAAAAUCCAACUUUCUAUGACGUGUGGAUCGCGCGUGGAAUGACAGGUGAUUCAUUCUUCCACAUCCCCGAAGACGGCAGUUGGGAUCUUGCAUGGAAUCUUUUCUGGAAUGACGAGAAAUCGCGCUCGCGAUUGAUGAACUUAAAGCCAUUCCAGGUGUUUUCAUGUUGGAAUGGGAUGACAGCAUUCACUGCGAAACCGCUCAUGGAGGGUCAAAUAAAGUUCCGAGACCAUUACCCAGAAGAAUGCUUUCAGGGAGAACCGAAUUUGUUCACAAAGGAUAUGUGGUAUUUCGGCUAUGGAAAGAUUGCCGUAAUACCCAGCGUCAAUGUGGAGUACAGCGAUAAGGCUGCAAAGAAAAUCAAGGCCUUGAAAGGGUACGCUUCAAGACAUGUCGCUAAAGAAGGAGACGACGCUAGGAUUGAAUGGGAGACUACGCCUCCAGCAAAAGUUAAAUGCAUGCCUGACUUCAAGCGCCAGGAAUUCGUUGCUUGGGAUGAAGGGUUGACACACUUUGGGCAAGAGAGUAAUUAUAUCACUCGGAGAUAA